AUGGACGAAAUUCAAGCCGGAACUUUUACGUUCAGAGAACGUCUCUAUCAUUGGUUCUUCGUCAUUCUGCUGUUAGUGUCUUAUUCAUCAGGCCAAGUGGUACCUGACCCCCCAAAGAAUGUCAGUUUGGUCACAAAAGGCUCAAGGACGAUAGAGAUCUCCUGGAUGGCUGGUUUUAAUGGAAGCAGUGCCAUUCAGAACUACACAGUGGAGAUUGGAGAAGAUAAGGAGAACUUUACUGGUGUUGGUUGUCAAGGAACACUCUCAAAUGGUACCUGUGUAGUGUCCAACUCCACAAACGCGUCUCUCACAGGGCUUUUUCCUUUUACAAAGUACUUCAUUAGAGUGUUUGCAACAAAUGCAAUUGGCAGAAGCAAUAGCAGUUCUGUUGUAAUUGUUACUACAGAUGAAGAAGAACCUAGUGCUGCUCCUUCAAAUGUGAGAGGACAUAACACCAGUUCAACCAGCAUCUUAGUAGAGUGGGAUGAUGUUCCAGCUUAUGAUCAGAAUGGUAUCAUCAUGAGUUACAACAUUACCUAUCAGUCACUGACAGAGAAUCACAGUAACAGUACAACAGUGGAUUAUCCAGUUCGUCAAGUGACUCUAUUAGAUCUCAAAGAGUUUGUUAUCUACAGCAUCACCGUGUUUGCAUCGACGAAGAUAGGAGACGGACCAGCUAGUGAUCCUGUAUAUGUCAAAACGGAUGAGGACAAACCUACUGCUGCUCCUGUGAAUGUAACAGGACAUAAAACCAGCUCAACCGGCAUCUUAGUGGAGUGGGAUGAUGUUCCAGAUUUUGAUCAGAAUGGUAUCAUCACGAGUUACAACAUUACUUACCGAUCAAAAACAGAGUAUCACAAUGGAUUUGCUGAAGCUGGCCCCAGUGACCGUCAAAAGGAAGUAAAAGAUCUUAGAGAGUACGUCGAGUACGAUAUCACAGUACGUGCUUCGACUUCGAAAGGCGAUGGACCAGACAGUAGCCCUAUUACUGUCAGAACAGACCAAGAUGAACCCAGUAGCUCGCCACAAGGUGUUCAAGCUAGCGCCAAAAAUUCCACAAGUGUCUCUGUAAGCUGGGCUGCGGUUGGUAAUGAACAACGUAAUGGAAUCAUUAAAGGAUACAAAGUAAUUUAUCAAGCGUUACCGGAUGGGAGAAACGUUACAAGGUUCGUCAACAUCAGCGAUGAGGAUCAAGGAAAAGAGCAAGAUAUAACUUUGGGCGAUCUCGUCAAGUUUACAAACUACAGUAUCAGGGUGUUAGCGUUCACUGUUGUCGGAGACGGACCACCGAGUGAAGUCAAAAUUGUUCAAACACAACAGGACAAACCUACUGCUGCCCCUGCCAAUGUGGUAGGACAAAGUCUCAGCUCAAAAAGCAUCUUAGUCACAUGGAAUGAAGUUCCACCAGCUGACCAGAAUGGUAUCAUCAUGAGUUACAACGUUACCUAUCAGUCGCUGACAGAGAAUUACAGUAACAGUACAACAGUGGAUUAUCCAGCUGGUCGAGUGACUCUAUCAGAUCUUAAAGAGUUUGUUAUCUACAGCAUCACCGUGUUUGCAUCGACGAAGAUAGGAGACGGACCAGCUAGUGAUCCUGUAUAUGUCAAAACGGAUGAGGACAAACCUACUGCUGCUCCUGUGAAUGUAAGAGGACAUAACACCAGCUCAACCAGCAUCUUAGUAGAGUGGGAUGAUGUUCCAGAUUUUGAUCAGAAUGGUAUCAUCACGAGUUACAACAUUACUUACCGAUCAAAAACAGAGAAUCACAAUGGAUUUGCUGAAGCUGGCCCCAAUGACCGUCAAAAGGAAGUAACAGAUCUUAGAGAGUACGUCGAGUACGAUAUCACAGUACGUGCAUCGACUUCGAAAGGCGAUGGACCAGACAGCAGCCCUAUUACUGUCAGAACAGACCAAGAUGAACCUACUGCUGCUCCUUCAAAUGUGAGAGGACAUAACACCAGUUCAACCAGCAUCUUAGUAGAGUGGGAUAAUGUUACAGCUUAUGAUCAGAAUGGUAUCAUCACGAGUUACAACAUUACCUAUCAGUCGCUGACAGAGAAUCACAGUAACAGUACAACAGUGAAUUAUCCAGUUGGUCGAGUGACUCUAUCAGAUCUUAAAGAGUUUGUUAACUACAGCAUCACUGUUUUUGCAUCGACGAAGAUAGGAGACGGACCAGCCAGUGAUCCUGUAUAUGUCAAAACGGACGAGGACAAACCUACUGCUGCUCCUUUAAAUGUGAGAGGACAUAACACAAGUUCAACCAGCAUCUUAGUAGAGUGGGAUGAUGUUCCAGCUUAUGAUCAGAAUGGUAUCAUCACGAGUUACAACAUUACUUACCGUUCACAAACAGAGGAACACAAUGGAUUUGCUAUAGCUGGCCCCAAUGACCUUCAAAAGAACUUAACAAAUCUUAGAGAGUACGUGGAUUACGAAAUCACAGUACUUGCGUCGACUUUUAAAGGCGAUGGACCAGACAGUAGCCUUGCUAUUGUUGUAAGAACAGAUCAGGAUAAGCCCACUGCUCCUCCUGCCAAUAUUCGAGGACAUAACACCAGCUCAACCAGCAUCUUAGUAGAGUGGAGAGAGGUUCCACCAGCAGAUCAGAAUGGCGUCAUUCUAACCUACACCAUUAGUUACCAAUCACUGACACAGAAUGACAACAGCAGUAAAACAGUUGGUUCUUCAAUACAAAAAUUAAAUCUGACAGGGUUGAAGGAGUUUGUCGACUACAACAUCACUUUGUUUGCUUCUACGGUGAAAGGAAAUGGGAAACUUAGUGAUCCUAUUUUUGUUAUUACUGACCAGGAUAAACCUACUGCUGCUCCUGUGAGUGUAAGAGGACAUAAAACCAGCUCAACCAGCAUCUUAGUAGAGUGGGAUGAUGUUCCAGCUUAUGAUCAGAAUGGUAUCAUCACGAGUUACAACAUUACUUACCGCUCACAAACAGAGGAACACAAAGGAUUUGCUAUAGCUGGCCCCAAUGACCUUCAAAAGAACUUAACAGAUCUUAGAGAGUACGUGGACUACAACAUCACAGUGCGUGCGUCGACUUCGAAAGGAGAUGGACCAGACAGUAACCCGGCUAUCGUCGUUAGAACAGACCAGGAUAGACCCAGUGCUGCCCCUCAGAAUUUGCGUUCAAUCAAUACGACUUCAACAAGCAUAUUUGUCAUGUGGGAUAAAGUUUUGCCUGAUGAACAGAAUGGUAUCAUUAUUAGUUACAACGUCAGCUAUCGGGCGAUACCAGAAGCUGGAUCUGCUGGGCCAUUAUUCUCGAAAUUAGUUAUGGCUCCAACAAGGCACGUGAACCUGACCGACCUAACAAGGGAUAUGCAUUACAACGUCAGUGUUUUGGCAUCCACAAUCAAGGGCGACGGGAAGUACAGUAACCCAAAGAAGUUGAGAACAAACGAAGACAGGCCCGGUGAUCCUCAGAAUGUACAAGGUUAUAACACCAGUUCCACCAGUAUCCGUGUUACAUGGAAGGAGGUGCCGGAGGACAAACAGCAUGGUGAUAUAAUCAGCUAUACUGUUAUGUACAAAAGGACGACAAAUGUCACUUACAAGUCAGUAGAAGUUACACCAAUAUCUGGGAAAUUUGCUGAAUUAAACGGACUUGAUGAGUACACAUUCUACGACAUCAAGGUUUUAGCUGCCACCAAUGUAGGGAAUGGACCAGCAAGUAAUCCCAUCAAAGUCCAAACAGACGAAGACAGGCCCAGUGCUGCCCCUCAGAAUUUGCGUUCAAUCAAUACGACUUCAACAAGCAUAUUUGUAAGCUGGGAUGAGGUUUUACCUGAUGAACAGAAUGGUAUCAUUAUUAGUUACAAAGUCAGUUAUCGCGCGAUACCAGAAGCUGGAUCUGCUGGGCCAUUUUAUUUCACAAAAGUUAUGGCUCCUUCAAGACAGGUAAACCUGACCAGCCUAACAAAGGAUAUGCAUUACAAUGUCAGUGUGUUGGCAUCCACAACCAAGGGCGACGGGAAUUACAGCGACCCAAAGACGUUGAGGACAAACGAAGACAGUAAGUCCUUCUUUUUCAACUAUGCGAACUUUUAA